UCCCCUGCUCUGAGCUGCUGCUGUGCCUGGUCACCAGCGCUGCACACACAGCUCCAUUCACUGGCACGCACUACACACUGAACUGAGCCACGGGGGACAUAUACACGCACACACCCCUCCUCCUUACCCACCUCCUACUCUCCCUUUCCCAACUUAUGCCACUCCCUCCUCUAUCUCUUCUGCUGGAUUCAUUUACUAAGAGGAUGGAGGGGGGAAAUAAAUGAGGCUGAGUAAUAAUGUCCUGUGCACCAUGCUAACAGACCCCAACAGAGUGCAGCCCCUAAGUACAGCAUCCCUUGCCCCAGCUCAGGCACUCACUCAUGCCUGUAUCACAUCUGCCUUGUGUGUGAGCCACACUGCUGCACACUGAGACUGGGAGCUGCCACUGGCUCUGCAAGUUGAGAGAGAAGCAGCAACAUCUGUAAAACUUGGACUGAGGGAGAAGGAGGAGGAGGAACAGCAGAGAGAGGAGGACGGGAAGGAGAGGAAGAAAUGCCAGUGAGCGAGUGAGUGAGGGGAAGAAGAGUCCCGCAGAGAAACUUAGGAACAGAACGUGGAGGUUGUAAGUAAUGAGAAGUCAACAUGGAAGCACAGUCUCACAGAACUACCAUGAGUGAAAAGAAAAAAGUAGAGAAUACCCUAGUGAAGGGCCACACUCGGACAGACGUGAGUGAGAAGGCAGUUGCCUCCAGCACAACUUCCAAUGAAGAUGAAAGCCCUGUUCAGACCUAUCACAGAGAAAGAAGAAACGCAAUUACCAUGCAGCCACAAGGUGGUCAAGGCCUUGGUAAAAUCAGCGAGGAACCUUCUACAUCUAGCGAGGAAAGGGCCUCAUUAAUAAAGAAAGAGAUUCAUGGAUCUAUAACUCACCUGCAUGAACCAUCUAUUCCAUACAGGGGCACAGUAUUUGCAAUGGAUCCACGGAAUGGAUACAUUGAUCCACACUAUCAUCCCCCUCAUCUGUUUCCAGCUUUCCACCCCCCUGUGCCAAUUGACGCAAGACAUCACGAGGGGCGUUACCACUACGAGCCCUCCCCUAUUCCUCCACUGCAUGUGCCUUCUGCAUUAGCAAGCAGCCCAACAUAUUCAGAUCUUCCAUUCAUACGGAUAUCUCCACACAGGAAUCAUGCAUCAGCUUCAGACUCACCAUUUAGCCCUCCUCACCCUUAUAUCAACCCUUACAUGGACUAUAUCAGAUCUUUGCACAGUAGCCCCUCACUUUCCAUGAUAUCAGCAGCUCGUGGACUCAGCCCUACUGAUGUGCCACAUGCCGGUGUGAGCCCUGCUGAAUAUUACCAACAUAUGGCUCUGCUCGCAGGACAGCGCAGUCCUUAUGCUGACAUCAUCGCUUCCCCAACAACUCCGAGUGCCGGGGCCACUGCUCUUCAUAUGGAGUAUCUCCAUGCAAUGGAAAGUUCCAGGUUCUCCAGUCCCAGACUGACCGCCCGACCAAGUCGAAAGCGAACAUUAUCUAUAUCUCCUCUCUCGGAUCACAGCUUUGACCUCCAGACCAUGAUCCGAACAUCUCCAAAUUCUCUGGUUACCAUUCUCAACAACUCGCGUAGCAGCUCCUCAGCCAGCGGCUCCUAUGGACAUUUAUCAGCAAGUGCAUUAAGUCCAGCUUUGAGCUUUACAUACCCUCCUACCCCAGUGUCCUUGCAGCAUAUGCAUCAGCAUAUAAUAAAUCGGCAGCACAGCAUAGGCUCAGCUUUUGGACACAGCCCACCACUUUUACAUCCUGCGCCCACCUUUCCCACUCAGAGAACUGUUCCUGGGAUCCCUAGCGUUUUGAAUCCAGUCCAGGUCAGCGUGGGUCCCUCGGAGAUCACACAGCAGAACAAGCCCACCAGUGAGUCUGCAGUCAGCAGUACAGGGGACCCAAUGCACAAUAAGCGCUCCAAGAUUAAACCUGAGGAAGAGCUGCCGAGUCCUGUUGCUGGGGGCAUUCAGGAUCAGCCAGAUGGAAUGACUCUGGUGAAAGAGGAGGGGGACAAAGAUGAAAGUAAACAAGAGCCUGAAGUAGUCUAUGAGACAAACUGCCAUUGGGAAGCCUGCUCCAGAGAGUUUGACACACAAGAACAGCUAGUGCAUCAUAUAAACAACGAUCACAUACAUGGUGAAAAAAAAGAAUUUGUAUGCCGGUGGCUGGACUGUUCAAGAGAGCAAAAACCAUUCAAGGCUCAAUAUAUGUUGGUGGUGCACAUGAGGAGACACACAGGAGAAAAGCCACACAAAUGCACUUUUGAAGGUUGUUCGAAGGCUUACUCCAGAUUAGAAAACUUGAAAACCCACUUGAGAUCUCACACUGGAGAGAAACCGUAUGUCUGUGAGCAUGAAGGCUGCAACAAGGCUUUCUCCAAUGCAUCUGACAGAGCCAAGCACCAAAACCGAACUCAUUCCAAUGAGAAACCAUAUGUGUGUAAGAUCCCUGGCUGCACUAAGCGUUAUACAGAUCCUAGCUCAUUGAGAAAACACGUAAAGACAGUACAUGGUCCUGAAGCCCAUGUCACCAAGAAGCAGAGGGGAGACAUCCAUCCAAGACCUCCUCCACCAAGAGAACCAGGAAGCCAUUCACAGUCCCGGUCACCAGGCCAUCCAAUUCACGGUGCACAUGGAGAGCCCAAGGACCUCAGUAACACUACCUCAAAGCACGAAGAAUGCCUCCAUGUCAAAGCAGUGAAAACUGAAAAGCCAAUGACAUCUCAGCCAAGCCCUGGUGGUAAGUCUUCAUGCAGCAGCGAGCAGUCCCCCAUCAGCAACUAUACCAACAGUGGGAUCGAGCUUACUCUAAAUAAUGGAGGCAGCGUAGGAGACCUCAGCACCCUGGAUGAUACCCCGAUCAUGGACUCUACCAUUUCCACAGCAACCACAGGACUUGGUUUACAAGGCAGGAGGAUAAUGACAGGAACCAAAUGGAUGGAACAAGUAAAAGUAGAAAGAAUCAAGCAGAUUAAUGGGAUGCUUCCAAGACUAAACCCAAUUCCACCUUCCAAGGCACUAUCUCUGCCACCACACACUGGAAAUGGUUUGCAGCUGGGCAGCAACUUCAGUUUGGGAGGAUCAAUGACCAUUCUUCCGAACAGAAAUGAGCUUUCAAGCACAGACAUCACAGUAUUGAAUAUUUUGAACAACAGGAGGGACAGCAAUACUAGCACAAUCAGUUCUGCAUACUUAAGCAGUCGACGGUCUUCUGGAAUCUCACCAUGCUUUUCCAGUCGAAGAUCCAGUGAAGCUUCCCAUACAGAAGGAAGGGUUCAUAAUCUAAGUGUCGCAGAUUCAUAUGAUCCCAUCUCCACUGAUGCCUCAAGGAGAUCAAGUGAAGCUAGUCAGUGUGAUGGGCUACCGAGCCUCCUUAGCCUGACUCCUGCACAGCAGUAUAGGCUAAAAGCUAAAUAUGCUGCUGCUACAGGUGGUCCUCCACCAACACCAUUGCCUAACAUGGACAUGAUGAGUCUAAAGUCAAGAAUGGCAUUGCUGGGUGAUACCAGAGAUAGUAGAUAUUAUCCUCUUUCUUCAACCAGUGUCCCAAGAAGAUGUAGUGAUGGCGGAGUAGGCACUUUUGGAAGAAGGCAACUGAUAUCCAAUGAGCUACAAGGGAAUUCUAUGCGUAGAGCAAGCGACCCUGUAAAAAUGGUCUCUGCUAACUUAUCUACUGGUAAGGUUCAUCGCUUCAAUAGUCUCAACAGCAUAAAUUCUCAUGAUGUGCCUCCGCCUAUGGAAAGGCGCAACUUGUCCCUGCAAAACUAUACCCAUGGCGUGUAUUCUCCCUGUCCUCCCAGUAUAAGUGAAAAUGUGGCCCUUGAGGCGAUGAUCAUGGAAGCAGAAGGGAAUCUGGAUGAUGAGGAUUUCUUACCUGAUGAUGUGGUUCAGUACCUUAAUUUGCAAAACCAGAAUCAAACUAGUUCUCAAAACAGCGAUACAGAUAAGCUACAGAAUGGUGUAGCUUUAGGGAAGAACAUUAACAACUAUGAUCAAUCCCAUAUCGCUAACAACUCCCUCAAUCAGUCAUUUCACAAUGUGGAUCAGGUAGAUGAAGUAAAUAAUAAAAAUCACCUUCCGAUACAAUGGAAUGAAGUUACCUCAGGCAGCGCAGACCACUCCCCUUCCAGGUUAAAGUAUGGGCAGCGUUUUGCUACACAGCAGAAUCGAGCUUUUGGAUUAUACAAUAAUAUGAUGGUCCAGCAACAAAACAUGGCAAAGAGCAUACAGUUGCAGCAAAGAGGAUAUCAGAAUAUACAAAACAAUCCUCAAGUUUUACAGCACAAUCUUAAUCUGUAUAAUAAUUCUCUGUCUAGUCAGUCUAACAAAGAUCAGCAGUACCCAGUACCAGGGAAUUCCUGCAGUCCAGCCACCCGGGGGCAGAAGUAUACGGGUAAUAGUCAGUUGAAUAAUGGUCAGCAGAACCUUGUACCUUCCAUGCACUAUAGUGAGCAGCCAUCUGAUACAGCUGACAUAUUUCAGAAUCAGAAUCUUCUAAACCAAGAAUAUGUGCAACAGCUUGCGACUGAACACAUGAUACAUGGCAUGCACUUCUUAGGAGUAAAUCGCUCUAAUCAGACAGUCUUAGGCCACAGCAUGGAGACUGCACAGAGUUUCCCAUCUUUAUCACAACCCAGUUCUAACCAGCAGAUUCCACUGAGCAGGAACUACCAGUCAUGUGCAAACACGGGUGGGAAUGGCAGACAGAAUAUACAAAGAAAUGUGGCCUAUCUGCAGGAACACAUGAAUGACAACAGCCAGCAGAUUUACAAAGUGAAUGGUAUUAAAGUAGAAAUGCAGCCACAGCAACAUUGUGCAAGUACUCAAAACUACUCUGGUCAAUUCUAUGACCUGUCCAUGGGCUACAAUCAACAGCGAAUGAAAUCUGGCUCCCUGACUCUCACAGAAGCCAACUGUCUACUAGAAGAUAGCAACAAUAUCAAUACGUCUGAGCUCCUCUCACCAGGAGCUAACCAAGUGACCAGCACAGUAAACAACAUUGAUGGCAGCACUUUGGAAGGAGUGCAAAUUGAUUUUGAUGCGAUUAUAGAUGAUGGAGAUCAUGCCAGCUUAAUUUCAGGAGCUCUUAGUCCAAGCAUCAUCCAGAAUCUGUCACGUACUUCGUCACGUCUUACCACUCCUCGAGUGUCUCUUACAUUCCCAACCAUGCCAGUGAGCACCAGUAACAUGGCAAUUGGGGACAUGAGUUCUUUGUUAACCUCACUUGCAGAAGAAAGCAAGUUUCUUGCUGUAAUGCAAUAGAUUGGAGGAUUGGACUGAACUUUAAAUGAACAAGAAAGCAACUCAUUUUAUAUGUAGUUUAGCAAUUUUUAUCCCAAUGAAACGGGAUACAUUCCAAGUAUGUUCCAUUUAUGGAAUACAGACUCACACCCUAAAGUGUUGUAGGGAGAAAUAGUCUUCCAUUUCAAUUUUGGAUCAGUAUUGUCAACUGAAAACCAUAUCUUUGCUUUUCUUCCAAUGGGUCUAUAUACUUUUUCCCUUAGCGUAAAACAAAGUACAUGUGUGUUGUCUGUGCAUGUUCGACAUGUAAAAAUGAACAAAAGUCUUAUUCUGUUUAGUUGUUAUGUUAGUCAAUUAGAAGACUGAUGUUAUAUAAAAUGUACUGUGUUAGGAUAAACAGGAUUUGUUUGCCGUUUUCAACAGACUUAUCACAAUUCAUUGUGACUACUCUUCCCACAUCUCCAUUACAUUUCUAUCAAGUAUGUUCUCACCCUGUUUAUAAGGAACAUACUGUCAUAAUUCUGCACCACUAGCCUAUGGGGCAAUGUCUGUGUGGAUAGUGUUGAAGGUUGCAUGCUAAAAUGGAUGUACAGACAUGUCCCAGUCUUUGUAUAAAUGUUACUUUCAAUUUGUUUUGUGUUCAUUUCGCGUAAACCUGUUUUUCAGAUGGUGUAAAAACCCACACGUUAAACAUCACGUUUGUUUCUUAGAAAUACGCACUCUAUAAGAAAGGCAAUCCGUUUGUAUUUUUGUGUCAUGUCUGAUUUUAAAAAGGUCAUACAUUACUUGUUUUGGUCUUCACUAAAUUAUAUUCUGUCUAAAGGCCAGAUCUACAUUAAUACUGACAUUUCUGCCUAUACCCUGAUUUGCUGAAAAGGUAUUCUUUUCAUAGAAAGGGAACUAUCCACUUUUAAUCAGUAUAAUUGUUGUUACGUGCAAAGUGUAUGGUAUUCUUGAAUAUUGCGGAACGGUACAGUACUUGAUUUCAUGUAGCACUGCGGACAUGUUUUCCCAAAGAUACUUGGUUUUACUUGUUAAAAAAAAAAGGUACUGCUUUUUUCUCAUGUUUUUGUCAUAGUUUACUGUUUUGUCCUUUACACACCAUUGUUUACUACAUUCUUGAAAUGUAUGUGCCUUAUUUUAUGUUUAUUCUUUAAAUGGGGACCAAGAAUAUUGUCAAAUCAUAGUCAUCUUGCUACAGUUCGUCAGUCAAGUCAGCAGAUAGCAUGCCACUUUUACUCAUGUCUGACUUCUGUUAUCUUCUAAUUUUCAUAAUCGUUCAUUGUGUGAAAUGACAGAAUGGCCGCUGUAUGGCGCAUCUUGCAAAAAUGUAAGAUAAAAACAAGUACUUUUAUUUGUCACUUUUUUUUACAAACUUUUUUUGUAUUGAAAUGUGUACUCUUUUUUUUUUUUUACUGUGUAAAUACCUUAAAGUGCAUAGACAUAGAAGUAUGACUUUAUAGGCUUGCUAGCCAUAGUUCAAUACAGACAUGCAGCAGCUAUGGAUUUAAUAGUCUUGAGCCUUGGACCAGCGUGAAGGAUCUGUAGCACUAUGUACACAAUAAUUGUACUUUUUGCUCUCAGAACCACUUAGCUUUUUUGUAACAAAAAAUAAAAAGGAAAAAAAAUUCUUACCUUAAUAAA